UAACCACAUUCAUUUAGGAUCGCCCAUCUAAACACACUGAAGUUGGUUGCAGUUGGUAGCACAAACAAACGUCAAUGGAUGACGACGACAUUUGACAUCUCUCCCUUCUUUUCGUCGUCGACGUCAACGUGAACACAUCGUUUUGCUUUGUUCUUAAAUUCAUUUUCUCGAGUCCCUAAUUACACACUUGAUUCAAGAUGGUUAGGGAGAACAAAGCUGCCUGGAAGGCUCAAUACUUCAUUAAAGUUGUCGAACUCUUCAACGAAUACCCCAAGUGCUUCAUUGUAGGUGCUGACAAUGUCGGUUCCCGUCAAAUGCAACACAUCCGUACCAGUCUCCGUGGUAUUGGUGUUGUUCUUAUGGGCAAGAACACCAUGAUGCGCAAGGCCAUCCGUGGUCAUUUGGAGCAAAACGCCCAAUUGGAAAAAUUGUUGCCCCACAUCAAGGGCAAUGUUGGUUUCGUCUUCACCAAGGGUGAUUUGGCUGAAGUCCGUGACAAGUUGUUGGAAUCCAAGGUCCGUGCCCCAGCUCGUGCCGGUGCCAUUGCUCCAUUGCCCGUCAUUAUCCCAGCCCAGAACACCGGUUUGGGUCCCGAAAAGACUUCUUUCUUCCAAGCCUUGUCUAUCCCCACCAAGAUUUCCAAGGGUACAAUUGAAAUCAUCAACGAUGUGCCCAUCUUGAAGCCUGGUGACAAGGUCGGUGCUUCCGAAGCUACCUUGCUUAACAUGUUGAACAUCUCUCCCUUCUCAUACGGUUUGAUCAUCAACCAAGUCUACGAUUCCGGUUCCAUCUUCUCCCCCGAAAUCUUGGACAUCAAGCCCGAGGAUUUGCGUGCCAAAUUCCAAGCUGGUGUUGCCAACUUGGCCGCUGUCUGUUUGGAAAUUGGAUACCCCACCAUUGCUUCUGCUCCUCACAGCAUUGCCAACGGUUUCAAGAACUUGUUGGCUAUUGCCGCCACCACCGAAGUGGAGUUCAAGGAAGCCACCACCAUCAAGGAAUACAUCAAGGAUCCCAGCAAAUUCGCUGCUGCCGCCGCUCCAGCUGCUGCUGCUGCCCCAGUUGCCGAAAAGAAGGAAGAAGCCAAAAAGGAAGAAUCCGAAGAAGAGGAUGAUGACGAUAUGGGCUUGGGUCUUUUCGAUUAAGCAGUUCGAUUGCACUUUUCAAAUAAAACAACAAUUUUACCCAUUCUCCUGGGUAUAUACGUUGAAGAGAUUACGCUUUAUGGCCAUAUAACUAACACCCCCCGAAUAUGGCCUAGUUGAUGUUUUGCGACAUGAUCUGUAAAAACACCAUAACUGUGAUUUGUUUGCUAAAGCCACGGGUGUUACAACAAAUUAUUGUCGCGGUUUGACAUGCCCAAUGGCAAGUUGUUGUAUACCCGUAGUUAUGCUUGGAAAUCUUCAAAUAUUCUAAAUAAAAAAAGUCGUAAUCUAAA